AUGGAGUUCGCCGUGGGCGAUCAUGUUCUGUUGAAAGUCUCACCCUGGAAGGGUGUGGUUCGUUUUGGGAAGCGCGGCAAGCUCAAUCCGCAUUAUGUUGGGUCGUUCAAGGUUUUAGAAAGAAUCAGUAAGGUGGCUUACAGGCUUGAGUUGCCCGACGAACUUGGUAACAUUCACGACGUUUUUCACGUCUCUAAUUUAAAGAAGUGUUUGUCCGAUGAAACACUUGUGGUUCCUUUACAAGAACUGAAAAUCGGUGACAAGCUGCAGUUUAUCGAGGAACCUAUCGAAAUCAUGGACCGGGAAGUCAAGGAUUGUUAUGUGCUUUGUGUGGAAGCUAAUUAG